AUGCGGAGUUAUGCCAAAUUCAUGAAGGAUAUUAUAUCAAAGAAGAGGAAAUUGGGCGAACAUGAGAUAGUGAAAUUAUCCGAAGAAUGCAGUGCUAUUUUGCAGAGGAAGCUACCACCUAAGCUAAAGGAUCCAGGGAGUUUUACUAUACCUUGCACUAUUGGAACCAUUUACUUUGAAAAAGCUUUAUGUGAUUUAGGAUCCAGUAUUAAUCUAAUGCCUUCUUCUGUUGCUAAACAUAUUGGGUUGGGGGUAAUUAACCCAACCACUGUUUCUUUGCAGAUGGCGGACAGGUCCAUAACAUAUCCCAGAGGCAUAAUUGAGGAUGUGUUAAUCAAAGUUGAUAAGCUCAUUUUUCCAACAGAUUUUUUGAUUUUAGACAUGGAAGAAGAUGCCGAAACCCCUAUUAUCUUAGGCCGCCCCUUUCUAAAAAUCGGGAAGACAUUAAUUGAUGUGGACAAAGGUUUAUUAAUUUUGCGAGUGGCUGAUGAGCAGGUGACCUUCAAUGUCUUUGAAGCAACAAAGUACCCAGUGGAAUCAGACUCUUGCUUCCGAGUGGAUAUAGUGGAAAAAGUUGUCUCUGAAAAAUUUAAAGAAGAACAUCCAUGUGAUCCAUUGGAGGCUUGCCUUGUGCAUUCUGUUACUACUGAGCAUGAGGAUCCUAAAAUUUCUGAGAUGGUGUACUUUUGGAAGCAAUGA